AAAAUAUAUAAUCGCCACACGCACUUUACGGUGUAUUUUGAUUUUGGUAGGAUUUGAUUGGCUUUUGAAUUCAACACGCCGUUCAUUUUGACGCAUUAACAUGGAUUCCGAGGUCCCGAUCGCAUCGCCGCCGUCCAAGGUCAGUGCGCCGCUGCAAAGUCUGCUUCCGUCGACAUGCGGGGUGUUGAACGCGCUUCCGGAGCUGUCGGGGCAUCCAAAGAAGAGCUAUGCCCUGGGAUGGAACUUGGACGGGUCGACCCUCGCGUCGGGCAGCACAGAUCGGACCGUCCGUUUGUGGGACCCUGCGGGGCAUGGCUACACCGAGAUGCAAGGACACAGCGACUCCAUCAACCAACUUAUGUGGAACCCAACCAGUAAACACCACCUCGCGACAGCGGGGAACGACAAGAACGUUCGAUUGUGGGAUGCCAAGAGCGCCAAGUCCACGUCGUCGAUCGCCUUGUCGUCUGCGGUCAUGAACGUUGCUUACUCCCACGACGGAAAGUACAUUGCAGCGCUCUGUACGGGAUCUACUCGGGACACUGGUUCCAUCAGCCUCAUCGACACCCGGAAGCACAAGGUGGUCACACGCAUGCCGACUCCGUACGAAUUCCAAGAUAUGUUGUUCAGUGAAUCGGGCUUUCUCUUCGCAGCCGCAGGACACUCGGCGGGGUAUGGCACGCUGGAAGUGCUUCAAAUCGUGCCGGAUGCGGCCGACCGCAAGCUUCCUCCAACCCUGGAGAACGUGCACAAGGUCCAUGCCGCCCACUCUGGCAGUUGCUUCGCCAUCGACCUGGCCAGGAACGGACGGAUGCUGGCGCUGGGAGGCGUCGACUCCCUCGUGAGUCUGUGGGACCUGGACGAAGUGUACUGCAUGCAGACACUCGUGACAUCCCAGUCGCGCAUCCGCUUCGUCAAGUUCUCCCACGACGCCGCCUUCCUCGCGUCCGGCAGCGACGAUCUCGUGAUUCCCAUCGUGGAGGUCGCCACCGGCCGGCCGGCCUUCUCCAUCGCGCUGCAGGAACCUCCCCAGCAGAUGGCGUGGCAUCCGUCCAAGCAUGUGCUCGCGUACCUCGGCGACGCGCCUUCCAACGACAAGAACAAGGACAGACAAGGCGUCAUCAAGCUCGUCGCGGUCACCCCGCCGUAAUAAUGAAACUGUCGAAGUUGGAUAUUGCAGGUCAAAAUAGAUUGGUCAAAAUACAUGAAAAACUGAUAAAUUGGAGAAAAGCUGAAUAUUUGACUGAAAAGCUAAUUAUUUGACUUGAUCUUAGCCAUGUUAAAGCUCGUCGUUGAGUUGGGAAGCGCACAGCUGCAGGCGGUCGACGCACAUGGCAGUUUGCUGGGGGGCGAGGUUGUUGUAGUAGAGACCGAUGAGGUCGUCCGCGAACUCGUCCACGAAGCCUUGGCACUACAACGGGCGUCACAUGUGGAUAAGGAAUCCGAAUGGAGGUAACGUUACCGCGUUCUUGACGGCCACUUUGACCUUGGGCGAUGUGUGUGGGUCGGGCAGCGACACGUCCUUGCAGACAGACUCGAGGACUUCAAGAAUGCGGCCUUCGCUGCGGGAGUACGGAAUUGUCUUCUUCUCUUCGCUGAUGCGGAACACCACGUCCAUCUCGUGAUCGUUCUCGGUCGCGUUCAAGUUCGUCUCGAUACGUUGCAUGAAGGUUUGACACAGACAGCACGACGCAGGCAGAGAGGGCGGAGUGGUCACGGCCGUAUCGUCUGUGUUGGCGACAUGGGAUGUUGGACACGUGAGGUCGGUGAGCCCUAGCUUCUUGAACGACCGCGAGUGGUCCCACCGACUACAACGUAAUGAGAUGCAUUGCAUGGUAUGUCACGAAGGUUACCGCUUCACCCACGCAUCUGCGACGCCAGUCAGGAAGAACGCCGCAGCUAUCCAAGGCAAUACCCGCAUGCUACUAAUUGAGCUAAUUCAAA